AGCCUCAAGUUCAAAGCGUUAGCAGUGGCGUCCAUUUGCCUAACUCAGCCAACUUGUUUACGUUCCGAAGAUGUGCGCAUUUACAGUUUGAUCUGUUCUAGUUAAAGACAAGAAAAAUGGAUGAAAAUUGGGCUGUGGUUCCCGCUCCUGAACAGUCAUCCUUUAACAGAGAGCUGUUUUUAUCUCGCCUUGUGCAAGGGGCAUCACAGUUUUUGGAUCUCUUGCAUGAAAGUUUACAGUAUGAAUCAAAUCUGUCAUCGUUAAAUGUGAUAUGUGAUGUUGUGAAAUUCUUGCAGACACACUCAGAUAUUCCAGACCACUCUGGAGGAAAAACUGAAACUAUUACAGAAAGAAGUGAAGCAAAUAAAUUCAAUAGCCAAUGUUCACAGACAGUAGUAACUUCAGAGGACAUAGACCGUCUAGGAAUUCAAAUAGAAGAACAACAGAGCAAAAGGAAAACAGCGAAAACUGAUAUCACAUUGCCAACGACAAGCAAGGAACCAAAACCAGAAGAAGAAGAUAAUAGUGGUGAACAGACAGGUGUCAGGAAAAGCCGUAGAAUAAGGAAGAUUAAGAACUUUAAAAAGUUGUAUGAUGAUGAUAAUGAUGAGGAUUUUGAUUCAGAAGAUGAAGAUUACACUCACUCAGAAAAAAAGAAACAGCAGCCAGCGAGUACAAAGAAAAGGAGGGGGAGGCCACCUGGGUCGUCUCAGAAGUCUGUCAGAUCAAGUGCAGAAAGUCUUCCACAAAGGAGAACUCCAGCACCAAAAAAGAACAAACCAGGUAACAGGUGUGAGCUGUGCAGUAUGUCAUUCACUCGAUGCACCGGUCUACAGCUUCAUCUACGCACCCACAUGACGACAGAUCCUCUCCAGUGUGGCAUUUGCAAGAAAAGUUUUGUGGCUCUUAAGGGCUUGGCGAAUCAUGUGUCUUCCCACCAAAGUAAUACGGAGAUGGAGAAAAUAAGCUGUUGGAUUUGCGAGGAGUCCUAUUAUAACAUCUCUACGCACCUGCUUGACCACGCAGAGUUUUUCAAAUACAAGUGUGACUUUUGCGCAGAGACAUUUACUGAUUUACUGGAAAUGAAUGAGCACUGGGCCUCUCACAGAGAGGAGUGGCUUGCCUCUGUGAAGGACUCCGUCAAAUCUCAAGUGAAAACAGAGAAUUAUAACUCAGAUGUGGAAACUGGGGAUGCGCUGAAAUCUGCCGGCAACCUGGCAGAAGAUGAGAAACCCUUCACCAAGUCCUCAGUAAUGUGCAAGUGCAUUCCAUGUAAAAUGAUGUUCCCGUCAGCAUUGGAGUUGAAAAUUCAUUCUCAAGAAAUGCACUCUAACAGAAAAGUGAAGCCUGUACAAUGCAAAAUAUGUAAAAAAUAUUUUUCAUCUAUACAAGUUCUUGCAAGUCAUGCCUUGAAACACAAAGAUAAGAAAGCUUGCUGGUUAUGUGGAGUGACAUGUAAACACCUGUCCAUCCACAUGAAAGUACACGAGACAGAUUUUGAUUUUGGUUGUGGUGAAUGCGAGAAAAUAUUCCCUACGAUAUAUCUGCUGCACGGGCACCAAAUGUCCAAACACGUGCAAGAGAGACCCCAUGAGUGUGACAUCUGUCAUAAGACCUUCAAGCUGGCCCAUGGACUCACGGCUCACAAGCGAACUCACCAAGCACACCGAACCCCAAGCUAUGAAUGCAAGUCCUGUGGCCGACACUUUUACAGCCGCAGUGGAAGAAGUACUCACAAAUGCAAGGAGGAAGAGGGAGCAGAGGAAAGCACUCUCAUCUGCCAGAUAUGUGGAAAGAUAUACAGGGACAACAUCUUCUUCACCAACCACAUUGAGUCCAAUCACAGUGCAGAAACGGAUCUGGUGUGUGAGUUUUGUGAUGAAGUGCUGCCCACCACCAAAGACCUCAUCUCUCAUAGGAACUUCAAGCACCUGGAGGAAGUGAAGCCGUUCCACUGUGUCCCUUGUGGCUUGACCUUCACCAAACUGCUCGAACUCACCGAGCAUUUGAAAAAAAACAACUGCACGGCUGAGAGCCAGUGUGAGGAUUGUGGGAAAAGUUUCACAAGAAAGUUUGAAUACAAGCUUCAUUCUCAUGUAGAAUGUUUAGCAAAUAAAGUCAUUGCCACACCCAAACUGGACUCAGUACAUCAGUGCAAAAUUUGCUUUAGAAAUUUCAGCCUGUUCAGCUCUUUGGCUUUCCAUUCCACAAGACACGCCAGGAAUAGAGUGUGCUGGGUCUGUGGCAAGGUUUGCAAGCACCUGUCGAUUCACAUGAGACAGCACUAUGACCUGUUUGAGUUCUCCUGUACCAAAUGUGACAAGAAGUUCCCCACCAAGUCUCAACUUCAGUCUCAUGAGGCUUGUCACAUGGAGAAGAGUCCAUACGUCUGUGACAUUUGUGACAGGAGCUUUGGCCGCGCCCAUCGCUUGAAAUUGCACAAGAUGACUCAUGAAACCAACAGAAGACGAGAUUACUUCUGUGAAAUGUGUGGUAAAUUUUUCUACAGUAAGAAAAGUUUAAGCACCCACAGAACCUCACAUAUGAAAGAAAGAGAUAAAGAACAGGCAGUUAUUCCGCUUACGUGUCAAAUCUGUGGAAGAAAUUACAGAAAUGAAAUUUACCUCACCAAUCACCUAGACAAUGCGCACAAGGAAGAGAAGGAUUUAGUGUGUGAUUUCUGUGACAUGACUCUGUCCACCACCAAGGAACUGAUCUCACACAGAAACCUUUUGCAUUUAGAGGAGGAAAACCCAUAUCACUGCUCUUUUUGUGGCGACGUAUUUGCUACUGUUGAAGAUUUGCUGGGACACUUGAGGUCUCAUGAAGGAUACUGUGUUGGUAACUGUGAUAGCUGCGGUCUUUCUUUUAAUCGAAAGUUUGACCUCAAAGUUCACAGCCUUAGUCAUCUUCCUCGAGAGGUCAUACUUCAGAAACUUGGCAAUGCUGAGCAGCAAGAGACUUGUCCUUUCAGGUGUCAAGUUUGUGGCAAAAAAUUUACCCGCAAUUUUGCCUAUGAAUCGCAUUUCCACAAGCACAACAUGUUUGAGUUGGCCUAUUGUGACUACUGCGACCAGUCCUUCCAAGACAGCAAAGAGAUGCUGGAUCAUCGACGCAAGAUGCACAACGAUCAGCCCAACCCGUACAUCUGCUCUCUGUGUGGGCAGGGCUUUGACCACAGCGCUAAGCUCGUUGACCACCUUUACACGCAUCCCGAACGAAAUUUGUACAGCUGUAACAAGUGUCAGAUGACAUUCAGUCGACAGUUCGACUUGGCUAUUCACAAGUUUGACCACAACUGGACACGGUUCUUCUGUGAUCUGUGCCCACGGUCGUACGCAAGCAGGGGCAGCUUAGUGACCCAUAUGAAAAACCACAGCGGCAACUUUGACCACAAAUGCGACUACUGUGACAAGAGAUUCAAGACUGGGUCUGAGGUUCGCAUCCACCACCGUACCCACACCCGAGAGCAGCCAUAUUCUUGCCGCUACUGUGGGAAGAGAUUCAGCCGCAGCUCCACUAAAGUCAGUCAUGAGCGCAUUCAUACAGAUGAGCGUCCUUACCCGUGCAACAUCUGUGGAUCUGCGUUUAGGUUGGGUUCUACUCUGAAAAAGCAUCAGAAACGGGUCCACAGAGACAUUAAAGUUGUCUCCAAGCAGUUCAUCCCACCCAUGGAGGCUGAUCAACCUCCUGCUCCCCCUGCUCCUCCGCUUCCUCCCCCACACUCAGUACCUGAGCCUCAAUACUACACAGAACAGGUGAUCCCAACUCACACCGAACAUCGAAUAGAGAUUCCGGAUAAGCAAGAGAGCUAUGUCAUCCAUGUUUAUGACAACGUCCUGCACCCAAUUGAGCUGAGUUCAGCUGUCAACACUAUAACGUACACAAACACGUAGAGAGUGGAAAACAUACAUGAACACUGUAACUGUUUUCCUGCUGGGGGUGGGUUUCCACCAUUGUGCUAGAACAGUGUGUUGUUUAUGUGACAAGUUGAAGGUGGUGUUUGGAGAGGCUAAUUACCUGACUUAUUUUACCAAGUAAAGUAGACAUGUUGUAUUUCAAAAUUAAGACAAAAAAGGGGUCAGAAAAAAAUAAUCUAUAGAAUGUGUUUAAGCAACCAAAAAAGAGUACGUUUUGCAAUUGGCACAAGUGGAGCAACCCCUCAAUGAGGGCAGUCACGAAAAGGGUGUUAUCUGAAGUGAAAUGUAUUUCAUUGGUAUUUUUGCAUUCAGCUUUUUCAUCUUGGCUGCUAUAGAUCUAUACCUAUACCUAUGACUAUGUCGGGACCUCAGUGCUUUCUUGUCGUAUCUCCAUUUUUAACAAUAGUGAAAACAGUUCAUAACAAAGAGUGAGCUUAAAAAGUAGUCACAUUUUCACUGUUAAAAAAAUGGAGAUACAUCAAGAAAGCACUGGGGUCACAAUGUGUAGAACAGAUUAAUUGUUCCCCUUUUUGUCAUGUGAUUCCAUGGUGUUUUGUGGGUAUAGCAGAUUAAUAUGCUAUCUGUUACAUAUUUUGGUUCUUGGGAUAUUUUACCUAAUUUUGAUGUCCUCUCAAUUGUGCAUCCCCCCCUCCCCCUCCCCCAAGUUAUGGGAGGGACCACAGAGACAUAAUGUAGUUUCAGAUACUGAAAUCUGUACGUGAUCGUUCUAGCAAAUUUGUGUUAGAAAAACCUGUUUGAUAUAGAAUUUUGUAGCAGACAUGAAACAAUUUAUUUUAAAUUGUUUUUACCUUCAAGGCGUUUAAUGUUAAGAGAAUCAUAUCUGAGUUAAAGUCUUUUUUCUGAACUUAGUUGCAGCUUUCUGGACAGUUUGUUUUCCCACCAUUGCAGACAAGCAAAUGACAACACAAAGUACCGUACAUAAUACUGACAUGAGUUACAUUUUCCGGAUCACUGUUGUUGAUUCUUAUUAGUGGCAAGAAUUAUUUGCUGGCAACUAAACAAAGGUUCAGUUUAGUGAUCUUGCCUCAUAUUGCCAAAACUAUUAGACAACCAGGGUAUAGAGCGAUUUUACCCUGAAAUUGAGUUUUUUGGUUUGGGGUUUUUUGGUGUUUUUACAUGAUGAUUUUCUUUGUUGUUUUUCUUGGUUAUUUUUGUUUUGUUUUUGUCUUUUGGGGUCUAAUUUAAGCACAGUUUUCUCUUUGUCUUACUAUUGGAAACCAAAAGCUUUUAGUUUAAAAGAGCAGAAGAAUGCUCUUUCCUUUGCAUUUUGAAAAGUUUGCUUUGUUACUGGAUGAUUACAACCACUUUUCCAUUAGUAUAAUUUUUAAAAAAUAAAGCUAGAUCUAAUUCUUUAAUUGAGAGGGGAGGGGAUUGCUGUUGUCUUCUUAU